AGGUGGAAAAAUGUCUAACGUUAAUUUAGUCAAAGAGUUUAUUAGUUCUCCUUGUGGAAGUUUGCUUGAUUCGUGUACAAAAGAUCAGUUAUUCGAGAUUGCGGAUCAUUACAAAAUUGAACUUGGAGAUAAGAGGUUAAAGGAUAGUACAAUUAGAGAGGUAGUAAAAUCAAAACUGAUAAAAAAGGCCGUAUUGGCUGAGUUGUCCGAUACAGCUACCACCUCUCAAGUUAAACCUCAUGUCAGCUCUCUAACUUUUGAACAACAGGAACGAUUAUUGUUGUUGCAGCUUGAACAGGAACGUUUGAAAUUGGAAGUAGAGCGUGAGAAAACUAGAAAUGAACAGACUAAUGUUGAGCUGCAGAGAGGUCGCUUGGGAAUGAUGAGGCAAAGUGGACUAAAUAGUUCAACUGAUGAUUUGCAGGGUGCUCAAGUGUUUGAUACUGCUGGAAAUUUAAGGUUGAUGCCGAAGUUUAACGAGCGAGACCCAGAUAUUUUUUUUAUAUUGUUUGAGCGAAUAGCAGAGGCAAAAGGUUGGCCCAGUGAGGAACGUACCAUGCUUUUACAAUGUGUACUUACAGGCAGGGCUCAAGAAGUUUUUUCUGCCCUGUCACUCUCGGACUGCAGCGAUUACGAUAUCGUUAAAGCGGCGGUUUUAAAAGCUUAUGAGUUGGUACCAGAAGCUUAUCGACAAAAAUUUAGAACGUUGUGUAAGGGUGAAAAGGAGGCUCAUGUGGUGUUUGCUAGAGAGCUCACUACUGCAUUUAAUCGAUGGUGUAUGGCAUCUGAGGUAACCACGUUUGAAGAGUUGUCUAACUUAAUUGUGCUUGAACAGUUUAAGAACUCUGUACCUGCUCGUAUAGCAACAUACAUAAAUGAGCAGAAAGCUGAAACAACUGCUAAAGCUGCUGAGUUGGCUGAUGAUUAUAUUUUAACGCACAAGAGUAGUUUUGAGUUUCGGAAAAGAGAUGAUAGUUUUGAAGAUAGAUUAGAUCAUAUGCCCAGGGAUUCAUCUCUGAUCUGUAAUUACUGUCGUGGUAAAGGCCAUUGGAAAAAUGAGUGCCCUGUGCUUAAAAGUAAGAGUAAAGGAGGAAAGGGUCUUUGUGUUAAACCAGCAGGCUUUGUGGCACCAUUGUUGAAUUCUGUCAGCCUGUCUUCUGAAGGAUCUCCUAGAGCAGUUAACCAGUUAAAGGAUGGAGAUUAUGCACCUUUUAUUUCUUAUGGGCACGUGUCGCUGGUUGGCAAAGAGACAAAUGUUCCAGUAACGAUACUGAGGGACACGGGAGCAUCAGAGUCUUUUAUUUUGCAGGAUGUGCUGCCAUUUUCCUCUGUGAGUGAUACCGAGACUAGUGUCCUUAUUAGAGGAAUUGGGUUAAAUAUCCUAUCUGUCCCAUUACAUAAAAUUAGGUUGUCAUCUGAACUUGUGAAUGGAGAAGUGGUGGUUGGAGUGCGUCCAUCGUUACCAGUGGAGGGGGUGGAUAUCAUCCUGGGAAAUAAUUUGGCAGGGGGGAGGGUUUGGCCUGUUACCUUUUCACCUCCUGUGGUUUCAUCUUUUCCUCUCCCAGGUCCUGAUGAGAGCAACAAGAGUUUUCCACAGGAGCAGAAACUUGAUCCUUCUCUCCAUACAUUGUUUGAGAGUUUGAUGUCUCCUGAUGAAAUUAGGCAUGUUGCUCAAGGUUAUUUUUUGCAGGAUGGAAUGUUGGUGAGGAAGUGGAUUCCUCAUGGAAGUGACUUUGCUGGCGAUCCUAUCUUGCAGGUGGUAGUUCCAGAGAAAUAUCGAUCAUUGGUGUUGGAGAGUUCCCAUGAUAAAUUUGCUGGACAUUUUGGGGUAAGAAAGACUUAUGACAGAAUCCUUCGUCAUUUUUUUGGCCUAAAUUGA